AUGUCGGGUCCUAGUGAGAAUGAUGAGCAAGAAUUAAGUCUUGACAUGCGCCUUAUGAUGAGAGCCAUGAAGGGACAAUUUGCUAAAAUGACAAAUGCGAUUGAGGGGUUGAAUGGUCGAAUAGAAAGAAUGGAGGGAGAUAGGAGACCGAAUCAUCAAAAUGAAGGUCAAAAUGAGAGGGAAAAUGAGAGGGUGAAUGUGAGAGUUAAUGAGAGAAGAGAUGAAGGCAAUACAAGUGAGGAAGAUAGGGGAGAAGAAUAUGAUAGGAGAAGAAGGAGAGAUAAUAGAGGAUAUAGGAGGGAUAGAGAUGAGGAAGAUGAUGACAUUAGGAACAUUAACGCACCUAUUCCUAACUUUAUGGGUAAGAGAAAUCCUGAUGUUUAUUUAGAAUGGGAGAGGAAGGUAGACAGAAUUUUUGAUUGCCAUAACUACUCUGAAAGGAAAAAACUUAAGAUGGUGAUACUAGAAUUUAGUGAUUUUGCUACUCUUUGGUGGGAUAAAGAGGUGUUGGAUAGGAGAAGGAGUGGGGAUAGAGAGGUAAGGAGUUGGAGAGAAAUGAAGGUGUUGAUGAGAAAGAAAUGGGUCCCUGCUUCAUACCAACGAGAAUUACAUCAACAGCUACAAGAACUUGUACAAGGUAGAAUGUCUGUAGCUGAGUAUGACCAUGAGGAGCAGAAACUCUUGGCAAAGCUUGGAAUUGCAGAAGAUCCUGAAACUACUAUUUCUAGGUUUAUCAAGGGGUUGAAUUGGGACAUCCAAGAUGAAAUUGAAAUGUGUGACUAUUUGGAUUAUGAAGAGGUGGUUCAAAAAGCCAUCCAAGUAGAAAAGAAACUUAAGAAAAAAAAAACUAAGGGCUCAGAACUGGAGGUCAAUAAAGAAGUGAAAGGGGACUUCAAGCCCAAAGGAGAAGCGAGCAAGUCUAUUAACAAGGGCAAGGACAAAGUUGAUGUUGCUACCAACCGUACGAGAAACACCAAAUGUUUUAAAUGCCAAGAUAGAGGCCACAUAGCUAAAGAUUGUCCUAACAAAAGAAAUGUUAUUUUGCUUGAUUCAGGGGAAUUUGAGACUAAUCUAGAAUCUGAGGAGGAAUCUAGAGCUCCUAGUGGAAGUGAAGAUGAAAUUCUAAGCCCCGCUGAAGGAGAUAUGUUGAUGGUGAGAAGAUUGUUAAACUUGCAAGCUAAAGGUGAAGAAGAGCAAAACAUAUUUCACACUAGAUGUCACAUUCAUAACAAAGUGUGUAAGCUUAUAAUUGACGGGGGCAGUUGUACUAAUGUAGCUAGUACUGAGCUAGUUACAAAGCUAAGAUUGAAUACAAUUGAGCACCCUAUGCCAUACUCUCUACAAUGGCUAAACAAAAAUGGAGAAAUCAAGGUUGACAAACAGGUGUUAGUUCCGCUCUCCAUUGGAAGGUAUACCGAUGAGAUUUUAUGUGAUGUAGUUCCCAUGCAGGCUGCACAUGUGCUCUUGGGGAGGCCUUGGCAAUUUGAUAAGAAGACCAUCCAUGAAGAUGUAUUUCCAAAAGAGAUUCCAGGUGGCUUACCUCCUAUGAGAGGAAUAGAGCACCAAAUAGAGUUAAUACCUGGGGCUCCUAUUCCAAAUAGACAUGCUUACAGAUGCAACCCCGAAGAAACUAAAGAAAUUCAAAAACAAGUGGAUGAGUUGAUGGAAAAAGGACAAAUAAGGGAGAGCUUAAGUCCUAGUGUUGUACCAGUAUUGCUAGUGCCCAAAAAGGAUGGGUCAUGGAGGUUUAUUAUUAGUGCCAAUGGAAUUGAAGCAGAUAGUGCCAAAGUCCAAGCUAUUAGUGAAUGGCCAACACCAAUGACAGUUAGUGAGGUGCGUAGCUUUCAUGGCUUAGCAAGUUUUUAUCGCCGAUUUGUGAAAGAUUUUAGCACCAUUGCUGCACCACUACCAGAGGUGAUUAAAAAAAAUGUUGGUUUUGAAUGAGGUGAAAAACAAGAGCUAGCUUUUAAAAUACUGAAAGAAAAAUUAAGCUCUGCACCUGUUCUUGCCUUGCCUAAUUUUGAGGCAACUUUUGAAUUGGAUUGUGAUGCGUGGGGAGUUAGAAUUGGAGCUGUCCUAAUGCAAGGUGGCAAGCCUAUUGCAUAUUUCAGUGAAAAACUGAACGGGGCCGCUCUUAAUUACCCGACAUAUGACAAAGAGUUCUUUGCUCUUUUUAGAGCUUUGGAACACUGGGAACAUUACUUAAGGCCUAAAGAGUUUGUAAUCCAUACUGACCAUGAAUCUUUGAAGUAUCUUAAAGGUCAAAGCAAACUCAAUAGGCGCCAUGCUAAAUGGGUUGAAUACAUUGAAUCUUUUCCAUAUGUUAUUCAAUACAAGCAUGGUAAAGAUAACGUGGUGGCUGAUGCUUUGUCUCGUAGAUAUUCUUUAUUGUGUAUUCCUUGUUGUUCUAUGCGAUUUAAAGAAAAUAGAUUGUGUAUUCCUUGUUGUUCUAUGCGAAAACUUCUAAUUAAAGAAGCCCAUGGGGGAAGUUUGAUGGGUCAUUAUGGCAUUCAUAAAACUUUGGAUAUUUUGCAUGAACACUUCUUUUGGCCAAAAAUGAGAAAGGAUGUAAAUAAAAUGUGUGAUAGAUGUAUUAUUUGCAAAAGGGCUAAGUCUACAAGUCAACCGCAUGGGUUAUAUCAUCCUUUGCCUGUCGCUGAACAUCCUUGGGUUGAUUUAUCCAUGGACUUUGUUUUAGGGCUACCGAGAACCAAAAAAGGCCAUGAUUCAAUUUUUGUGGUUGUUGAUAGGUUUUCAAAGAUGGCACAUUUCAUUCCUUGCCAUAAAUCUGAUGAUGCUUGCAAUGUUGCUACAUUAUUUUUCAAAGAGAUUGUUCGUUUGCAUGGGAUGCCUAAAACCAUUGUUUCUGACAGGGAUGUAAAAUUUUUGAGCUAUUUCUGGAAAACUCUUUGGGGUAAGCUUGGUACUAAGUUGUUGUUUUCUACUACAUGUCACCCGCAAACUGACGGGCAAAUUGAAGUUGUCAAUAGAACUCUAGGAACUUUGCUUCGAGUUUUAAUUAAAAAGAAUUUGAAAAGUUGGGAAGAAUUGCUGCCUAUUGCUGAAUUUUCCUAUAACAGGCACACACACAACACUACAGGUUUUUCCCCUUUUGAGGUGGUUUAUGGGUUUAAUCCCUUAACUCCACUUGAUUUGAUGCCAUAUCCGGUGAACGAGGACUUCGUAUGGGUCCAUAUGCGAAAAGAGCGGUUUCUUUCCCAAAGAAAAUCUAAGUUGCUACCCCGUGGCGAUGGACCGUUUCGUGCGCUUACUAGGCUCAACAACAAUGCUUAUACAUUAGAAUUGCCAAGUGGGUAUGGGAUUAGUUUUACCUUUAAUGUUGCGGAUUUAUCUCCUUGUCCUGCUAGCGAAAUUGAUUCGUGGACGAAUCUUUCUAAGGGGGGAGGAGAUGUUGAGGACAACUAUGAGGAUGACAAAGAAAAUAGUCCUUUGAUCUUGGAGGACUAUGAGGAUGACAAAGAAAAUAGUCCUUUGAUCUUGGAGGGUCAUGAGGAUGACAAAGAAAAUAGUCCUUUGAUCUUGGAGGGUCUAAUGACGAGAGCAAAGGCGCAGAUAUUUCAUGAAGCUAUGAGUGGCCUUAUUAAAGGAAUAUGUCAAGCUAAUCAAAAAUAUGUAGAUGGAGUUGAGUUGAAGGUGGUCCAUCUGAUUCACACAAUUUGA